UCAAUUGCUGCUUGUCAUUAAUAUCAUAGGAUUUGUAUUCUAGAGAACUUUAAGGUGUUUACCGUCGCGAGUAAUUAAUUCGGAGUCGCAACAGGACGUUCUUACCUGUGGAUUUUCAGAAUGCGUUGUAGUCGCCUGGCGCCGAGCUGUUGAAGGAAAUGGGUGCGAAGGAAUCCAAACCCUCCUGCAUAAGUUACGAGGAGGCUGUCAAAAGGGUAACUGAUACCGAAUUCCGACGUAUUCGUGAAGCGUUUAAACGAUCUUCAAAUCCCGGAGGACAUUUAUUAUCCCUAAGUGUCUUCCUAAAAGAUGUACUUUGCGAAGGUGUUCCUACUGUUAUCGGCGACUGGCUAUUUACAGCAUGUGGCGGAACGCAAAAAGGGAUAUCAUUCAAAGACUUGCUCUGCGGACUUGUGCUUUUGACACGCGGGACUGAGGAAGAAAAAGUUAAGUUUCUAUGGAACUUAUACACUAACGAUGCCGGGACGCAUAUUUCGAAAACGGACUUUCUGAAAGUAUUAACUCUAGAGUCAACUUUGAGGCCAAAUAGUCAUAAUCAGGGUCAAAGUAUAGCAAAUACAAAUGUUGUGCUAUCGCUUUUUAGACAAUCAGAUAGGGUGACAUUUGAUCAAUUCAACGAGUGGAUAUUAAGUAAUAAAAGUGCAACGGUUCUGUCAAAAUGGUUGUUAGCGGAGUCUGUUGUAAAUUUAACGUCGGAGUUGGAGACGCCAACAUUCUACCAAAGCUUGGCAGGUGUAACGCAUCUAGAGGAGCAGGACAUCGGAGAUCUCGAAAAGGUGUUUUGGCGUUUAAAGAAUUCAUCGUCAAGUGGACAGUUAGAUAUAGAAAGUGUUGGCCCCUUAAUCAGCCCACCAAUACCUAAAGCUGCUCUAAUUGGUCUUUUUAAUGCUUUCGAUGAGAAUCGCGAUGGCCACAUUGAUUUCAAAGAAUUAUGUUGUGGAGUUAGCGCAGCAUGUCGGGGGCCCAAUGCAGAGAGGAGCAAAUUUUGCUUCAAAGUGUUCGAUAUUGAUCGGGAUGGGGUGUUGAACUUCAAGGAACUGAAUCAAAUGGUGGAGAUAUUGAUUUACGUGGCAAAGGAAAGCAGCAGUGCUAACAAUACUAAGACUUUUCUGAUAAAUCAUGUUAUCAAUGAUAUGGUUAGGUUUUCACGACAAAACAAGGACAACGGCAGUCAGUGCUUGCCCGAUAACGUAUGCAUAGGAGACAACAAUCAGUUUUUGGAUUUUUAUUUUAGUCAGGAAGAUUUUAUGAUGUGGAGCAUACAAAGCCCGCUGAACCUCGUACGACCCUUUUUGGACCUUUUUUUCGAAGUUUGCCAUAUAGUAUUUGGACUGAAGCCACAAUGUCGACAUUUAGAAUUUGAUAUCGUUAAAGAAUGGUUAUCACGGGAAAAGCGGCGGGGAUAUAAGGUGGGCCAAUUUUGGUAUUUAAUCGCAGCUGAUUGGUGGCAGAGCUGGAUACAGUAUACUCAACAUUACUCAGCAACUCCUUGUACAUACUGUAAACCUUAUACCGGAAUGGGUAGUAGUAGAAAUAUGGUUUUUGGUUUGGAUGAAGCCAUGAUUUGUGAUGAAAGUUUCACUUCGAAUUCUUCAGAAUCGAUGGGUGACUUAUUAGCCACCGCGGAUUCGUCAAGCUUAGGUUCUGGCAGUAGCGGUAUUUCCUAUGGACGGCGUCAUAAUGCACGUCCGGGCCCAAUCGACAAUUCAAAUCUGAUUACUCAAAAUGCCAAUAAGGGAAUCCCUAGCUUAACAGGUGAAGGUGGCCAUUUGAAGAAAGAUACUCCAUUGACACAAAGAUAUGAUUUUGAAUUGGUUCCGGAGUCGCUUUGGAAAGCAUUGUCUCGUUGGUAUGGAGAUUCGCUGCCUCUCCCGCGACAGGUAAUUCAACCGCGUAAUUCGCCAGAUGUGGAAGUCGAACUGUACCCUCUAAAUCUUAAGAUUUUGAGGCAUCACAAUGUGCAAUCACAAGUAGUGCAAAAUACAUCGUCAUGGGGAAUGGUCUCAGGCGGGUAUGGAUCGAUAUCACCUGGAAGCGGAUAUACGACAAUAGCAACAGCUGCACCACAGCCACCUAAGAAGUAUGUUGCGUAUACGGCGGCUUUUAGCCGAUUAGCGACUGUUAAACAAAUUGCCGAAUUCUUAUGCGAACAACUAAAACUGAAAUCUGAAAAUAUUCGACUUUGGCAUAUUUUGGGUGGUGAUAGUAAUUACGACCAAGAAACUCCGUGCCUAUUAGAAGAAGAACAUAUGAUAUUGCAGGAGCUAUCUAUAAAUGAUGGGGAUCAAAUAUUAUUAGAAGUAAGAAAUAAGGACUUGACAUGGCCCGAAGAGUUAGGCUCCUUAACUUUAGCGAAUAAUAUUAGCUUAGAGAGAAGAUUGACGACGGCUUCAAUACAUUCCGUGCAUGCGCUUGGUGCGACUGGUUUACAUAACCUAGGAAAUACUUGCUUCAUGAAUGCAGCUUUACAAGUUUUGUUCAAUACGCAACCACUUACAUUGUAUUUUAAGAAAAACAUACAUUUGUUUGAAUUGAAUACCGCCAAUAAGUUAGGGACUAAGGGACAAUUAGCUACUCGGUAUGGCGAACUGUUGAAAGAGGUGUGGACAACAAACACGAGAUCUAUAGCACCUCUAAAAUUACGAUUUUGUGUUACAAAACAUGCUCCGCAAUUCGCAGGUGGAGGGCAGCAUGACACACAGGAACUGUUGGAGUGGCUCUUGGAUGCUCUACAUGAAGAUUUGAAUCGAGUAGCAGAUAAGCCUUACAUGGAACUGAAAGAUUCAGCUGGCCGCCCAGAUGAAAUUGUUGCUGCAGAAGCCUGGUCCUACCAUCACUCUAGAAACCAAAGUAUAGUUAUAGAUAUGUUCUAUGGACAACUGAAAUCCAAAGUUAGCUGCUUGUGUUGUGGUCGGGAAUCAGUUCGUUUCGAUCCAUUUAGUUUGUUAAGUUUACCAUUGCCAGUUGAGAAUUUCAUUUAUUGUGAAGUAUUAGUGAUUCUUAUGAAUGGAUCCGUGCCUGUAAAAUACGGAUUGCGUUUGAAUGCCGAUUCAAAAUAUUUCGACUUGAAGAAAGCGUUGUCUCCUUUGUGCAACAUAAAUCCAUAUUUAUUGCUUGUUUGCGAAAUUUCAAAUUCUCAAAUCAAAACUAUUCUGCCUGACGACAUAAAAGUUUCAUCUGCAAAUGCCACCGAUUUAGUGGCAUAUCAAUUGCCCGAAGGAGGAGACGAUUGCCAGUCAAGAAGUAACUCGAUUAUAGGCAUUAACAUAGAAAAAGGUUUGAAGGAUAUUCAACGGAACUCAGCUUUGAUGGUAGCAUUGCAACAAGAUCACCAUGCAAGUAGUGAUGCUACUCUUUCAACAACCAGCAAUUCUAUCAACAAUGAUAACGAAGAAAUCAAACAACUCAGCGGCGAAAUUGAAUAUGACAAAGAUUCGUCUAGUGCGAGGACAUCGAAGGUAAGGCGGUGCUUUGGAAACACUACGUGCAUGCCUCCAAAUCUUUUAUGCUUCAAGCAAUCUGCCCAAAUUAGUACAAGCCCCGAAAGUACUUUUAGUGAUGUUCACUUGAAAAGGAUAUCAGCGACUAAGCUGCUAUCGAACAAUGUUGAACCGAUUGCGAGAAAUGGAGGUCCAGCUAGUUUGGAGAACAAUUCUGAAUAUGCAUCUGAAGAGAAUUAUAACGCAUGUGAUAAUGACUUUGCCACAGUUAAUUGCCCAUGUAGAUCUCUGUCAUCGGAUAGAACUAUUGAAAGCGAAGAAAAAUUAACGAACUAUAUUGAAAGCGAACAAAAAAGCGUGGAUAUACCCUGCAACGUAACAGCUGGACGAUAUUUAUUGGCUGUCCAUAGGAAGUUGACAAGACAAGACACCUAUUUUCUAUCCUAUCAUAAAACUCGACCUAGUUUAUUCGGAGUUCCUUUAUUAAUACCGUGCUAUGAAAAUGGAACAAAUAAGGAUUUGUAUUGUGGUGUAUGGAUGCAAGUGAACAGGCUGCUCAGUCCUCUACCACUUACACCGGACCAGGCAAAUCAUGCGGCAGAUUGUGACGAUAGUUUAGGAUACGACUUUCCAUUCACCCUUCGAGCAGUUGCAAAUGGUGGGCUGGUUUGCGCACUGUGCCCAUGGUCAAAUUUCUGUCGGGGCUGUGAAAUACCAUGUAAUGAUGAUAUACUUUUCGAAAAGCUAUUUUCAAAUCAAUUGGGAAAUUCUGCUGAUAAUAACAAGGCACAGCAAGAAACGGCUUCAGAUAGACCGACAAAUGUAAUUAGUUCUAUAAAUAUUGCAAUCGAUUGGGAUCCAACGGCUUUACAUUUGCGAUAUCAAAGUACGCGAGAGAAGUUGUGGACGGAACAUGAAUCUGUGGCAAUUUGUAGGAGACAGCAAACGGAACCAGUCGACUUAAAUUAUUGCUUGCGUGCUUUUACUUCGGAAGAGAAAUUGGAGCAGUGGUAUCAUUGCAGCCACUGUAAGGGUAAGAAACCGGCAACAAAAAAACUGCAAAUCUGGAAAUUACCACCUAUUUUAAUUAUUCAUCUAAAACGAUUUAACUGUGUAAAUGGAAAGUGGGUGAAAUCACAAAAAGUAGUAAAUUUCCCAUUUGAAGAUUUCGAUCCUACGCCAUAUUUAGCAUCAGUGCCACAAGAAACAAUUUUACGACAUAAAGAGCUGUUAGAAAUGAAGAGUGGUAUCGAUAAGACUACAGUAAAUGAAAAUACCAAAAAUGAUAUUUCACAAACCAACCGCAACAUUUCGAAUCACUCGGAACAAACAUGCGAGUCUAUAAUAGAAGUGGGAAAUGAAAGCAUGAUAGAAACCGCCAAAGAAAAUCAUAUAGACAGGAUCGAAGAAAGUGGCCUUCCGUCUAUUCUGGAAUCUGAUACGAGUACUAGUCUAAGAAAAAUGCCUGCAAAAAAUUUGGAAAAACGGAAGCGAUUGAUUUCAACCAGUCUGACAAAAACACCCAUCAUUGAUGGACACUUUGUGGACUUUCACCAACAUAAAUUGACGCCAGAAGCAGAUCCCUUUAACCUCAAAUAUGAUUUAUAUGCUGUAGUGUCACAUUCCGGUAUGCUUAAUGGAGGCCAUUACGUAUCUUUUGCUGCCAAUCCAAAUGGAUCGUGGUACUGUUAUAAUGACAGUUCAUGUCGAGAAAUACGUAACAGACCAAACAUUGAUCCAAGUUCUGCAUAUUUACUGCUAUACGAAAGGAAAAAUCUAGAUUACGAGCCAUACCUUCCAAAUAUUGAAGGACGAUCAUUGCCCAAUGGAAAUCUUAUCGACACGGAUGAUAUGGAUGGUGACAAGAAAACAUGUGUAAUUUCCUAAUUUCUAGCGCUUUAAUACGUGAACCAUAAUCGUAUAUUAUUUUUAUUAAAUAUUAUUAUAUUAUUAUUCUGUUUUAUUUUAAAAGCUCAAUUGUUAUUUGUUAAUAAAAUCUGUUAUUUGUAAUUUAAA